AUGUGCGUUCAUUCAUUCGUCUUGUCUUAUCACCCCAUUCCAUACCCACCUACGUCGGAACCGGGAAUCAAACGACGUGAACAGAGACCGGAGCCUUUGUCGGAUGACUUUUUAUUCUCAAUGUCUUCGAGUUCAGAGAAUAGAUUGUCGUACGCAUCAAGUCCUGAGAGCGAUUUGGAUAUAAGUCCGCCGCCUGCUCCAAGAUUAGUGAAGUCUUCAUCAGACCCAUCGAUAGCGACCACCCAAGAUAACAUGGACCGCGACGACGAUAUCAACCUUAUGGCCGAACCAGUUCCACCUCCGUAUACGCAAGGUGGUUAUGAUAGCAAGUAUGGGUUCGCUAACGGGAACAGCAAUGGCACUCAGAGCCUGCCGACCGAGGCCCCGCCAUAUCAGAUGCAGUCUUCGCCGCCGCACUCACCUUUGUAUGGAACAGUACCCGAGCUUCCCCCCCGUGGCCCUCCUCCCGGUGCAACCCCCUCCAGGCCGACGGGUGGUGUACUACUGCCCGCACCUCCCCCCACACGACACGGACUACGACACACUAAUAAUCCUCGUCCUUCAGCCCAGGAGCGUCUGUUCGGGUCCAAGGAGGGCGAGGACCCGUACAGCGGCCGGCCGCAGCAGGGCUCGCUGGACAGACACAGACAUACUAACAACCCGCAGAGUUCAUACGACGGUACAUAUGACUACAGCAGCAACGCUCACAACCCGUCUCGACUCCCGCCUAACGCGCCGGACGACCUUAAAGUUGCUCCCACCAUUAAAAUGGAACCUCAGCCGUCGUCGAAUCCUGCGAAUAUGGCAACACAGAGCCCGCAGAGAAACUCAAACUCACACGAACACAACUCGUUGGACUAUAACAGAACACCGGAGAACAACUACAGACCCGACAACUACCGCACCCCACAAGUCCGACCGCCUAUGAACGGGAACAGCCCGCACGCGCAGAACGCCCAUAACGCCCACAACAACCAUAACGCUCAUAACGCCCAAGUCCAGAACGCUCACAACCCUCAUAACGCCCACAACGCUCAUAACAGUCAAAUCGUCAACACGCCCAUGCACGCCCGAGGACCCUCCUUACCAAAUGUACCCACAAACGAUCACGCCAAAUACAGCGCACGCACAAACUCAGCGUCCCAAGCGGACUACAGCGGACGAGCGCCGCCAUACAAACCCGUGCCGCCGCCGAAACCCAAACACUACCGACCUCCCGAACAACCGCUCCAACAACACCAACAACAACACCCACAACAGCACCCACAACAACACCCACAACAACACCCACAACACCAACAACAAAUUAAUCAACAACAUCUCCCGCCGCAUCCACGGAAUGGAAGUAUGGACGUGUCAGUUCCCGGUACACACUACUCACACUCUCACUCACACUCGCAGCCACACCGGGCGCCCCACGGACACGGCUACCAUCAGCAAAACAUGUACGGAGGAGUCCAAGCGCAGUCACCACCGUACGCGCCUCCACCUCAUAGAGCCAUCAACCUCCCACACAACCCGCAUCUGAUUGAUUUAGCUGGCAGUAGAGAACAGCGCGGAUCAGCCUUCGAGCUGUACAGGAAGCCUCAACACAUGCACAACUUGAGCUCCGACGUCAUGAACUCCAGCUUGGAGGCAGAAGAGAAUUUCUCACCAAAAACUAAAAAGAAACUAUCUAAAAAGCCAUCGUUCAUUAAAAAUGCGGUCCUAGAUCUGUUCAGAUCUAAAACGAAAAACUCGCAGAAAGUAUCGCGACAGAAAUCGCUUUGCGAAAACGAUUUGCAACAGAGAUACGUCCAACAAGUGCCGGCGUUGAGACGAGAGAAGUCUGACCUCAGUGAUUUAAACACUCACAUGAGGAAUACACACAUCAGGAACCAAAUGUUGCAACGAAGCAACUCAUCCUCAUGCGAAAAACCGAACUUAAAACCGAUACUCAAAAGACAGAGCUCGUUCUGCGACGACAGAAACGGCUCAAUAUGUACAGUCAGAGAUUACGAAACGAAACCCGUCACUAGGAAUCUGAUACGACAGAAUUCUAUGUGCGAAAUAGAAACCGAACCUAAAGUUACCCCCCUACUACGUAGACAGAACUCACUCAUAGAAUAUAGUAGGAGAGGUGUGUACUCACCUAACCCUAACUUUAAUAUGAUCACCAAAAUAGAUCCCAUUUACCAAAGACAACAGCAAAUAAAACAUGAACCUUUCUACCCAACACAACCGCUACCUCCAGAACCUAUAUACCAAAGCAAAGAACAUAUUGUAUACGAUCCUAUACCUAAGCCGAGGAGAACAUAUACCUCUCUUUACGAUACCUCAAGCGAGAAUCCAUACGCGAGUAGAUCGGAAAUAUCAAAUCAAAGUUUCGAAAGCCCUUACGGCAAUCGUGAAACCGUAGCAAUGCCUCUACUAGAUCCUCCCUAUGCUACAAGAGCUGAAUGCAUGAGGGAAAGUAAUUAUGGUAAUAGAAACGAUAUGCCCGAAAAUCCAUACUCUCUGAAACAAGACGUGCCUAGAAAACCCGAAUCACUCUAUAGCGAAUUGCCCUAUGUGAGCAAAGAGCAGAUGUUGAGGCAAAGGAUGACGCCUGAAAGUCCGUAUGCCACUAAAGAGGAUAUGUUGAGACAAAGAUUCUCAGAAUCACCGUACAGUCCGAAAGACGAAAUGAUUAAACAAAGAAUGGAUGGCUCACUAACAUGUAAGGAACCGAUUUACGGUAAAAGAACAUACGAGCCACCACCGAGCACGUCCUGGUCUGAAAAUAAUACAUACGGCGUACGUCCAGAUAGAAGGUUGCAAACACCUGUUAACUUCAUAGGAAGAAUAUCACCUAUGAGCAAAUGUAUGAGUGAACCUCCGUAUGUUAGUAGAACAGAAAUGAUGGCACGAAUCUCCCAAACAGAAUCUCCAUACUCAACACGAUCUGAACUGAAAUCGAGUUGCUCUGAUAACGGUUACAAUAGAAACGACAGUCUCGAUCACUCCACAACCGUGAGGCCGGCCUCCGCGGAGUGUACGUACGUUACCAAACAAGAAAUACUAUCACAAAAGGCAGCUUUACUGGCCAACAAAGAACCUAUAUACGGUAGCAAGUUAGAGGAAAAGUUAGAGAUUAUAAAGCAAAGAAACCAAGCUAAAAAAGAAAAAAUAUAUCAAACCAGACUAGAAACGAACGACAGUGACUCAAUGAAAAGCAGAGAACCGUUGUAUGUUUCUAAGAGGGAAUUAAAAGAUAGUGUCAUAUAUGAGUCUAAUCAGGAAGCGAAAGAAGUACAACCAGUCAGUCAGGAGGGCAGCGCUAGGAGCAGUCCUUACGAACUGAGCGACGCGAACCAUCUAUCACGACGAGAGUCACUGUACCAAACAAAAGCAGAGGCAUUAGACAGUGAAGUCGAAAAGUUCCAAGAAAUAGAUUUCUCAAAACUAAGAUUAACGGAAUCCAAAACCGAUGCAGAAAAAGAAAAAACAAAGAAUUUAGAGAACAACAUAUUGAAAGGCGAACCGCAGUACGCGCCGAGAUUGCACGGAAAAGUCGAUCAUAUAUCAAACGCGCUUAAAGUAACCACAUCCCCAACUCCUUACGAUUCGACCACUUCAAUGGAAACACAUUACGCGUCAGAGUGUAGUAUGAACUUCGAGAACAAGCCGCAGAGCACUCCUUACACGUCACAAGAUUUACAAGAUAAAUCUAAAGCCAAUCGAACAGUGACGUUUUGUGAACAAAUAUUAGAAAAGAGUCCAGAGACUAGCGAGGAUAAAUCUGAAAAUACGACCGUAGGAAACGAAACUACAGUCAUUAACGAUAGUACAGUCAUCAAGACUGAUAGCGAAAACGCUGAUGACUCCGCGAAUAAGACAGAAGUGCAACCAGACGGUCCUCAUACAACUUGGGGUAUAUUCGACAGUGAGGGUGGAGUUUUAGAGGACAGGCAUUGGGGUGUAUCCCUCAUCAUCCCGCCUAAAGCCAUCGCGCCGGGAAUCAAGCAAAAGAUCUAUUUUACCGUCUCUGACCCGCGACUGAGCCAGCGAGUUGGUGGCCCGCCCAUCGACCUAGAUAACGGUGAGGCGAUGCUGUCACCACUAGUGAUGUGCGGUCCGCAGGGUCUGGUAUUUUUAAAACCGGUGACGUUACGAUUACCGCACUGCGCUAACGCGGUCCCAUCACUAGGACUCACAAUCAAGGCGACAGACACGGAGGCCCACUUGAGCACUGACUGGGAUCAAAUACAUCUCCCGGCGACAACAACACUCAACACCGUCGCUGUCAAAGUUGAUCAUUUUUAA